GAGACUAGGCUUUCCGGAAGUGAUUCUCCGGAAGAAGCAUGGUUGCCCCCGAGAUCUGGCCGGGUUUGCACGCUGAGCUGCCGACGCUAUGCAGUCAGAUGAUGUUAUCUGGGACACACUCGGAAACAAGCAAUUUUGUUCCUUCAAAAUAAGAACCAAGACUCAGAGUUUUUGCAGAAAUGAAUACAGCCUGACUGGACUAUGUAAUCGGUCGUCUUGUCCCCUGGCAAACAGUCAGUAUGCCACUAUCAAAGAAGAGAAAGGACAGUGCUACUUGUAUAUGAAGGUUAUAGAACGAGCAGCUUUUCCUAGGCGGCUCUGGGAACGGGUCCGGCUUCAUAAAAACUAUGAGAGAGCACUGGAGCAAAUAGAUGAAAAUCUAAUUUACUGGCCCCGUUUCAUUCGACACAAGUGUAAGCAGAGAUUCACCAAGAUCACCCAGUACCUAAUUCGAAUUAGAAAACUUACAUUAAAGCGACAGAGGAAGCUUGUUCCCUUGAGUAAGAAGGUGGAGCGGAGGGAAAAAAGAAGAGAGGAAAAGGCAUUAAUAGCUGCUCAGCUGGACAAUGCCAUUGAAAAGGAAUUGCUGGAGCGACUGAAACAAGAUACGUAUGGCGACAUCUACAACUUCCCCAUUCAUGCCUUCGACAAGGCCCUGGAACAGCAGGAGGCAGAGAGUGACUCUUCAGAUGCUGAGGAAAAAGAUGAUGAAGAAGAUGUGGGAAAGAGAGAGUUUGUGGAAGAUGAUGAGGUGGAUGAGAGUGACAUAAGUGAUUUUGAGGAUAUGGAUAAGCUGGAUGCCAGUAGUGAUGAAGAUCAGGAUGAUAAAUCCUCCAGUGAGGAAGAAGAAAAGGCCCUUGAUGCCACACAUAAAGGCAAAACACCCUUGAAAGGACCUUUGCGGAGGAAACGAGCCUACGUAGAGAUAGAGUAUGAGCAGGAGACAGAGCCUGUGGCCAAGGCCAAAACUACAUGACUUCCCUUUGGACAUCUGCAACAGGACUGAACAUUUUCAGUAUCCUCCUUUCUUUUACCUUAACCAUGUAUAUACCUCCAGGUUUUGCUCUUUCAUACAGUAUUUCACACAAUAUUUGUGUCUUUAAUAUUUAUGCUGCUUCUGUGGGGCAAGGAAAUCUGGGAGUGGAGAAAGCCUUAAGUUGUGAACAGAGUAUUUUUAUAGUGUUGGCAUAUGUUUUGAAGUAACAGCUUGAGCCCAAGAAGCUUAACAGAUGAAUCUGUGGGUGUAAAUAUUUCUAAAUUUUAAAUGCUACCCACCUGUUUUCCUUGGUAUCCUUCUCCCCCACCCCCCCUCAACUUUAUUUAGAAAUGUUCAGAUUUCAGUUUUUUCUUGUUCUCCUUUCCCUACUUCUGUGGGAAUAAAAGAAGGAAAAAGAACUAAGUUACACUGUUGAGUGUAAAAAUACCUUUUUUCUUAAAUGAUUCCAUUUAUACAGUUGGAACAAGAAGAAAAGUCUUCCUGUUUUAGGAAAGUAAGACAAAUCUUAAGUUCCAUCGUAGGGCGU